CUUCACACCAAGCAAACGAGCAACGGCCGAGGGAGGUCGGUUCGCAUCUCCGUAGCCUGCAUUUGAAUUAAUCCAGAGAAAAAAAGAUGGGUUGCGCCCUUUGCAAGGACUCUUUGAUGAGGAGAGCGAGCGGGAUAACGGCCUACGAUUACGCCAAAAAUGUCAUGACGCCGGGAUCAAGGAGCAGACAGGCGUCGGUGAUUUCGCAGCCCACCAGGCGCAGCAAGACCUCGCUAGACAGCAGUGACAGAGAACCGCCCAUCUACUUUUUGAGCGGCUCUCCUGCUCUUCACUACGCACCUCCACCCCCGGAAUUUCGCCAGCAGUUCCAGCCGCCGCCUCACCCUCUGGUCCCGCCGCCGAAAACACCCCGAACGUCAGGGUGGAAAAGCAGCAGCCUGUCGGUGCCCGAGGUGCCGUCGCGGCCACCGCGCCGCGCCAACAAACGAGCCAAGCGCAGCGUUUCCUCUGAAAAGAUUAUUUCCUCUAAUACUUUGGCGGCUCCUGAGCCCGUUCACGGACUGUCGCGCUCGUCGUCGUCGCCAUCGAUUCCCGUGGACAUCGACCUUCCCGAGGAGACGGCGCAGCGCUUGGAGAUGUAUUUGAAAAAGAACCAGAGCUUCAGCUCUAUACACAUUCUACUCAAUGAGCUUCAGGCCCAGAACAACAUAGAUUUGGCCGGUCUGAACGCUUACGAAUCGGACGAAGAUGACGAACACUGGAACCCGACGUGCCUCGACCUGGCGGGCAUUCAAUUGCCCACGUCGAGGCGACACUCGAUUGAAAAAUCUCCCGAGGAAGGCGAAGAAAAUCCGUCGGAUUUAAAACGAAGCUCGUCCAAAAUCUUCAUCACUUCUUGCGACGAUGCGGACGUUGAAGUAGAAGCGCCCCUAGGGGGAAACAAGGGAGCUUUCUUAUCGCCGCCCAACUCACGCAACCAGGCCGAGCGGGGUGCAACGCGCCUGCAGCUUUGCGAUCUGCGAAAAUUCUCGGACGUGACCGAGGGUGACGAAGAAAUCGCGGCGAUGCCGAAAACUCCAGGCUCGUGGUUCGACCGGGACGGCACGAACAUGGAAGGGCCGCCGAAUUUCCUCAGCCGAACCAAGACGCUCAGUCUGCAGACCGAGGACACGCUGGACCUGCGUGAGGAAACCAUGGUGACGCCGCCGCCGUCCGAGGAGGACUUGAGCGACGAGGAGCCCAUUUCGUCGUCCAUCACCCACUCCAUCCUGCACAAGGUGCUGCGCGGCCUCUCUUCGGACGAAACCGCCGAAACGUUGAUUUCGCGCCGCGGCAGCGCCGGCAACGUCAGCUUGAGCGGGCUCGAGGAAUUCCUCAAGGCGCUGCAGCAGCAGCUGACGGACUCGGAGGAAAAGAGCCACGAGGCCGAGCCCACAAUCGGCGAUCUGCAGGCCGCACUCUCCGAAUUGCUCAACGCCGAAAAGAUUAAUGAGAAGCAGCAGCUGCACGACAUCCAAGUGCCCUGAUAUUAAAUUUCCCGAAACGGAAAAAUUGCUAAAAGUGCGUGGAAAAAAAUAAUAAAAUAAAAAUCUAGCGGGAAAAGUAAAAUCGUGUUAUACAGUUAAAAUUUAUUUAAAAAAACAAGAUUUGUAUAAUAGACUUUGUUUUCGUGAAUUGUAUAUCCGUUGAUUAGAUUUGCAUAGUUUUUAAGAAGUAAAGUAUCAAUCAAUGCUGCAGAUAGCUUGACAUAAAGAGAGAUAAGUCAGUCUACAGAGGGGGCCUGUACUCGCCCCUAGUUGUUGAACGUGACCGGUUCAGCAGCGCUGUAAGCAUGAUUUAUAUUUUUUAUUAUAGGAACGCCGUAAAAUGUUGAUGACGAGGGGCUAUAUUUGCAUAGAUAGAGAAAGGAAACGAUCGAUACUUACAGGAUUUUCGAUCUGCCUGUAAUAUCCUCUUCCGCUCGCGUGGAUUAGCCCUGUUUGCUCGACUCUUGGUCGCCGUUUUCACUAAACUAUUGAGGAUCUCGUCAUCAUCACUGUAAUGCUCGUCCUUGCUCUGCACCAACUCCGACCGCGUUCGAUC